AUGGCUGUGACUCUGCUUGAGAUUGCAAGAAUUUUUGCCACUAAAGUUCCUGGAAAGAUUGAUGCUGAUGUUCUACAGUUGUUAUGGAAGACAUGCCUUGUAGGAGCAGGACCAGAUGGGAAACAUACAGCCUUGGAAGCUGUGACUAUAGUUCUUGAUCUGCCACCACCACAGCCUGGUUCAAUGUCUGGACUCACUUCUGUUGAUAUGGUAUCUGCCUCUGAUCCAAAAUCUGCAAUGGCACUCCAAAGAUUAGUUCAAGCUGCUGUUUGGUUUCUAGGAGAAAACGCUAAUUAUGCUGCAUCUGAGUAUGCCUGGGAGUCCGCAACGCCACCUGGUACUGCACUAAUGAUGCUAGAUGCUGAUAAAAUGGUUGCUGCUGCAAGCUCCCGUAAUCCUACACUUGCUAGCGCUCUGACGAGGCUUCAAAGGUGUGCAUUUAGUGGAAGCUGGGAGAUCCGUAUUGCUGCUGUCCAAGCCCUAACUACCAUUGCAAUAAGGUCUGGUGAACCUUAUAGACUGCAGAUAUAUGAAUUUCUUCAUGCUUUGGCUCUUGGGGGUGUGCAGUCAAACUUUUCAGAAUUGCAGCUAAGUAAUGGGGAAAAUCAAGGUGCCAGUGGUACUGGUCUUGGAUCUUUAAUAAGCCCAAUGCUUAAGGUCCUAGAUGAAAUGUAUAGAGCUCAAGAUGAUCUUGCCAGAGAUAUUCGCCAGCAUGAUAAUAGCAAACAGGAAUGGAGUGAUGAGGAACUUAAGAAACUUUAUGAAACCCAUGAGAGGCUUCUUGAUUUUGUUUCCUUAUUCUGUUUUGUUCCAAGGGCUAAAUACUUGCCCCUUGGUCCUACCAGUGCAUCUGGUGGUCUAAGUGAUCCUGCUGUUGCCACUGGAAUAUCUGAUCUUAUGUAUGAGUCCAAAGUAGUACAAAAAGAGACCAAUACUGUCCAGUCUGGGAUCGAUCCCGAUCUGGCAAUGGCCUGGGCAGCAGGUUUGGAAGACGAUGUUUGGGCAAACAAUGCUCCAGCUGUGGAUAAAGUAAAGGACUUCCUUGCCGGUGCUGGAACUGAUGCUCCUGAUGUGGAUGAUGAGGAAUACAUGAACUCGAGGCCAUCAGUCGGCUAUGAUGAUAUGUGGGCUAAGACAAUUCUUGAAACAUACGACGCAGAGGAAGAUGAUGGUAGGUACUCUGGUGGAUCCUCUCCCGAAUCAACUGGUUCUGUUGAAACCUCCAUAUCGUCCCAUUUUGGAGGCAUGAACUAUCCAUCACUGUUUAGUUCAAAACCGUCAAGCCAUGGGGCCACACAACAAACGAGGAAGGAGUCAUUAGAAAAUCCCCUUUCAGGGCGUGGAGGACGAAGUUUCGGAUCCCAUGAGGAUGAAGAUAAGAGUUCUGGUAACCCUCAGUCUGGGAAAGCUUUGUAUGACUUCACAGCAGGUGGUGAUGAUGAGCUGAGUUUAAUCACUGGAGAAGAAGUGGAAAUUGAAUAUGAGGUCGAUGGUUGGUAUUAUGUGAAGAAAAGGAGGCCUGGAAGGGAUGGAAAGAUGGCAGGUCUGGUUCCUGUUCUAUAUGUGAGUUCAUGA